UUCGUAACAAUUACACUAAUAUUCAACCACUAGAUUUGAUAGCAUGCCCAUGUAGAGAACAUAAUCAGAAUAUAGAGACUCACAAUUAAACUAAAUAAUACCUCUAAAGCUCUUAUCAUUCCUUAUUGGGCCUUCACAGGCUCAAUGUCUGACCUUUUCGUUAAUUAUUAUUAUUUCCCAUUUUGAAAUUGCAUAAUCUCAAUCUGUCAAAUCUCAAGCCAUCAGAAUAUUAAAACACGUCACCAAUAAAUUAACCCCUUUGCCGAGGUGAAACGUUGAAAGGUCUCUGUUUCCUCGGGACCAAAAGAACUAACGGUAACAUUUGCUUCAUUUCUUUACCGGUGGAUGAUAAAUUUUAAAAAAUUGGAAAAAAAAAGAAACACCUAACGGUAACUUUACACCAUCUGUCUAUAUAAACAAACAAUGGUUUCCUCUUUUACCACCACUCUUCCUUCUUGAUCUUGUUAUGUCUCUCUCUUUCUCAAGAAAUGAGUCGUACUUUCAGAUGUCGCUCAUAGAUUGUGAAGUAAAGACCUUGAAGGAAGUAUUGAAUAGUGUCACCGCAUCAUAUAUACGAUGCGAAGCUUCCCUCUCACGCAUCGGCUCAUUACCAAAACAAAUGCCUUGCGCGCUACGCUCUCUUCAGAUCAGAGUCUAAAUUCCAUCUUAAGCACUUGAAGGCAGGUAUAUUCUUUUUCUAUUAUCAUCUCUCUUUUAUUUUUUUUGAAUAAACAUAAAAUUUUAAAAUUAAAAAGAUUUCAAACUUUUUUUAAGAGAAAUUUUGGUAUAUUGUUUUGAUUAAUUAUGAAAACUUUAAGAUGCAUGAUGUGAAAACUAUUCGAUACAUAUGGCCAUUCAGUUGAUUUAUCAAUUGGACGUAAGCGAUUGUAUGAUUGUUUUUGUCUUCACGGAUUGUAUUCAUUUAGUUUAAUUUCUAAAUUGAUCACUCACAAUAUCAAAAUUACUCUUAAAAGUUGUUUUCUCAAAAUAAACAUUUCUAUUAUCAUCUCUCUUUUUCUUUUUUGAAUAAACAUAAAAAUUAAAAAUUAAAAAGAUUUCAAACUUUUUUUAAGAGAAAUUUUGGUAUAUUGUUUUGAUUAAUUAUGAAAACUUUAAGAUGCAUGAUGUGAAAACUAUUCGAUCAAUAUGGCCAUCAGUUGAUUUAUCAAUUGGACGUAAGAGAUCGUAUGAUUGUUUUUGUCUUCAUGGAUUGUAUUCAUUUAGUUUAAUUUCUAAAUUGAUCACUCACAAUAUCAAAAUUACUCUUAAAAAUUGUUUUCUCAAAAUUACUUUGAUUGCAUAUAUAUAGUUAAAUGUUGCAUGUUAAAACAUUAAUUAAAGAAACCCAUAUCAGACACUAACCCUGAGAGUUUAAUAAUUGUUUCGAGGGAUCCAUCGGAAGAUGUUAACAACAGCAAGAUAGCAUUUGGGCUCCAUGAAGUAGAAGAAGGAGAAGAAGCUGUUAUAUACGGAUUUUUGUUGUUAAAGUGACUGCGGGAUUUAAUAAAGGAGAUGCAUUCUUCAUAUAACUUGAGAACUUGAGGUUAUGAGUUUUGCUUCUCUUAUGAGUUAUGACUUUUCCACAUUCUUUGAAACGUAAUGGUGUGCCUUUUCCAAAUCAUAAAGAAUAAAGUUCAUAAACGUCAUGUAAUCUAAGAAUAAAGAUCGUGUAAUCUUAGGUACAUAUGAUACUUUAUGAUCUCAUUAUUGGUGCAUUGAUUUUUCUAUUUAUUCUCUUGCAAGUUGUAACCUUUCUCCUUUUAUUUGAAAAAGAAAUCAGUUUAGCUUUGAUGAUAAUGAGUCUUCCCUCUUUAUUCUUUUUAGGAAUGAAAAAAAUAUCAUGUUGUGAAAAAACCAUCUUCCAAAAGAUAUUUUAUAAUGAUUAUUGAUUUGUAUAACAUAGGCAACUUCAAGGGUAAUUUACAUUUUGAGAUUAUAUAAUCAUUAAUUAAUAAAUACUAUCAUAUAGAUACAUGAAUUUUGUAAGAGUUUUUGUGAUAUAUUUCCCUGAUACGAUGAUUUAACCAAUUGAUGAUAAUUUAUCUGAACAAGUAUGAACUUUUAUUAACUUUUUCAUCAAAAAUGAAGGGAGGAAAAUAAAUAAAAUGGUGUAAAGACUAGUGGGACUGUAUAACAACUCAAAAGGAUCCUUUUAUGUGUCGAGGAACUCAAAUGCAUUAUGAAGCUAAAAUGAAACCUAUAUAUAGAAUAUUUUGAUCGCCCUACGUCCAUAUCAUAUGUUACUCACAUCACAUGGCUCAUCAUUGUUUCAAUAUGAUAACUAAAGGUGUAAUGAUUUACUCAACUAUGAAUUUUAGUCUAUAUGGACCACCAUCAGCUAAUUUAUAUAUUUUAUUCUUCAUCAGAUAACAAAAUUUGUGAUCAUUUGAGCUAAUUAUUAUGGAAUUCUGUAAUAUAUAUUCAUACAUGCUUUGGGUUUUGGGCAAUUUUGGAUGUUAGAUACUUAGAUUAGAAAUUAUAAACAAACAUUCCCUUUAAGAUAUAACCUUAUAAGAAAAACUGAAGUCGGGUAAAACUCUUUCUAAAAUUAUGCAUUAGUCGUUCAAAAAAAAAAGAUCAUCUGUUCUAGAAUAUUGUUUUGUAAUUAAAACUGUAAAUAUAAUCAUAUAAACAUUCAUCGUUAAAAAAAUAUAUCAUUUUCGGAUCCUCAACAAUUACCCCCAAGUACAUUAAAACCAAACUUAAAUUAGUUAUUGAUUUUUUAAAAAGACCUUCAAAGCUCAAUAUAUUCAUUUUUCUUUCUCUAUCAAUGAUUAAACUGUACUAUUACUCAUUGUUGUCAUUAUUUUUCUUUUCUCUUCAAGCAAGUAUUUCACAAGUCCAUUGCAUAUAUAUGUAUCAUACAAUAUCAUAACUAUUGCAUUAUAAUAUGGUAUGAUCAACUUUACAUCUUUGCAUAAUUCCUUAAGCUUUUUUGUAAGCAUGGAUACGUUGACAAGCCACAUGUUCUUUUAUCACAAGCCAAAAGUGGCAAUAAAGAAAUAAUGAAAAAAGAAUACAUGAAUUGGAUAGUUUACUUUGUAAUGUAUUAGUUUAUAAAUGUAAGUAUUAAAAAUGAUAAAAUGAGGUUGGGGCCAAUAUCAAGUGAUUGGUUGAGAAGCAAAAGAAAAAGGAGAGUUUGAACAAGUCAGUAAUCAUAGAUAGUGAAAGUGACAGUUGGAAAAGGAGACAAGAGAGGAUCCUAUAUUUAGACAUUCACUUGAACUCAUAUCUUCACAAGUGUCUGAAUCUCCACAUCACUACUUCAUUUCCAUCCUCCAGAUCAUUUGGUUUGUGUUCACAGGGAACUUCAUUGUAAUGGCAAAGAGGAGUUCAUGGUUCGGUUGGAUAAAACGACUAUUCACCUGCGAGGCUAAAGCGAAAGCAGAGAAGAAGUCAAGGAGAUUAAGAUGGGUGUUUAGAAGACUUAAACUAAAACAUCAGAUUUCAACUAGGGUGCAAGAGACAAGGACUUUGAACCAAGCAACAGAAGAUCAAAGAAAACAUGCCAUGAAUGUAGCCAUUGCCACGGCAGCAGCAGCUGAAGCAGCGGUUGCAGCCGCAAAGGCAGCUGCUGAGGUUGUCCGGAUGGCGGGAAACGCCUUCACAUCACAACAUUUUGUCAAGAAGCGUGAUACAAACUUAGCAGCUAUCAAGAUUCAGAGUGCCUUCAGGGCUUAUCUGGCGAGGAAAGCGUUGCGAGCACUUAAGGCUCUUGUAAAACUUCAAGCAAUUGUCCGUGGCCGAGCUGUUAGGCGAAGUGUUUCUACAUUGUUGAAGACUAAACCCUCCAACAAAGCUUCAGCAUCAAGUCUCAUCACUAGAACCACAGAAGGAAAACAUUGGUCCAAGAUCAAAGAAGAACUCAAGGUCAAGUGCAAUGGACAGAAUGUUUGGGACAGUAGCGCUCUCACGAAGGAAGACAUCAAAGCCAUAUGGUUAAGGAAGCAAGAAGGUGUGGUCAUGCGUGAGCGUAUGCUGAAAUACUCCAGGUCACAUCGGGAGAGAAGAAGUCCUCACAUGCUACUUGAGUCAUUACACACAAAGGAUAUGAGAAUGAGAAGCUGUCGGCUUGAACAUUGGGGUGAAUCCAAGUCUCUCAUUCCAAGCGAGAUCCUUGUACCGACAAAAGUAAAGCUGAGAACGUUGCAGAGACAAGACUCUAAUGAUGGACAAGAGUCUCCAUUUUCUUUCCCAAGGAGAUCUUUUAGCCGUCUUGAACAGAGUUUAUUAGAGGAUGAGAGCUGGCACCAAAGCUUUAAAGGCUUCCAGCCUUACAUGAGCGUGACAGAAUCUGCAAAGGAGAAGUUUAGAUCACUGAGCACACCAAGGCAACGCAUAGGGGUGAUGGAUACUUGGUUGGAUAAGAAGGAUGGGGAUAAAGUAUCUCUCUGGUCUUCCUUUGUCAGUGAAACUAGUAAGAUGAGCAGCUCUAAGAAGUCGUCUCUGGCACAUUCAUGACACUUUCUUUUUCUUUGUUCUGGUUCUCUUAUAUCAUGGGUUCUUUAUAGAUAUAUGCUUGUGAAGAGUGUUUUUUUUUUCUGAUUGGUUGGUGUGUUUAUGUGUUCAUUUAUGUUCUUGAGGAUUUUGAAGUAACUUUUAUCAACGUGAUUCUUUUGUUCAACUCACGAGAAAAA